AUGUCUUAUCUUGAAGUAGAUAGAGGCGUGAAUACAAAUAGGAUUUAUCGUGUUCAAAUGAUUAGGUAUAGAAUCGUAUCUGUGCUGUGCUUUUUAUUGGUAGUGUUAGGUAGUGUUAGAUGCUGGAGUAGUGAUGAUACGAGUAGUAGUGGGAGUGGUGAUAGUGACUUUUCUGAACAGGAAGCAAUAGCUCUGGAGGGUUGGGAAGCAUCAUCUAAGGUGGCUAAAGAUCUAACUGCAAUUGGAUUUUCGGUUCAUCCUAAGAAGUGCCUCGUCUAUGUUAAGAAGCACAUGACUGAAGAAGUAACAGCGCCUGUCUCGGACUCGACCGUAGCUUUAAGUCCAACCAACUCCACCGAAAACAUUGACAAGUAUAUGGUGUUGUGGCCCGAGCCAGAGCUACAAUUCACGAUAUCUAAUGACAGCGACCUAGAAAAACUACGCACGGUUUUGAAUGAUAUUACUGUUCUCAAGUCCACUAAGGCCGUGUUUGUUUAUAACCUAGAGUAUUCAGAGAAGUGUAAAGACAAAUUAAAAGUGAUAUCUCAAGUCAUCAACAUGCUAAAGUGUGAGGCGCUGGAGCUUAGAAUAGAGCAUUAUGAUUCUGCACUAGUCCGCCGCAUGAAGUCGGUUGGCUUAUAUCCUGAGUUGACCGAACUACAAGAAACGAUCAAGUAUGCUGGUUCGAAUUCAGAGCGCCAUCUCACAAUUAACGCCUAUUGUUUAAAACCAACUAUGCUAGAUUUUAGUCCCUUGGGCAUACCGCAGUUAGACCUAGCUUCCAAACUCACUCUGGUGGCAACACUAUUCAUAAACCGAAAUUCUAUUCCGACCCAUUUCAUAGCACCCGACCCAUCUAGCCAUGAAGCUGACGCUGAGGCCGGCAUCAAUAUUAAUUUCACAGCUCUCCACAAUCAAGAAAUCCAAUGCCAAAAGAUUGUUCUUAUUAAUGAAUUGGACGACUUAACAUUAACUGGUCUUGAGAAUGCUACUCAAGACAUUCAUUCCAAAAUAGUUCUAGAACUGUGUUGGGACACUCUUCUCUGUCUUAUUAAGCUUAAUAAUCCUGCCAUUAAUGUUCAUACUAUUAUAGCUAUUGGUCCUAAGUCUACUAAGAACCUAUUCCCGUCAGAGCUUCUUCAACUGAAACCACCUUCUACUCCCCAACUCAUUGCCGCCAAAAUAUCUAUCAGAAUAUCUACCCAGAAAUGUUGGUGUCUCAAGGACACAUAUGACAAAUAUUACACCCCCGAAGUAUACGCCAAAUAUGGUAUCUCUGUUGGCGAAAGCACAAUUGAGUAUGAGAAAAGACAAAAUGGCUUGUUACAUACGUUAAGGACCCUUGAAAAGAAUCUAUAUGUGGAUUGUAAGAAGUCGAUAAAAUAUGCCCAGAGUUGUGGGAUCAAAUGCCCUGCUGAAGAUCGCAGCAAUAACAAUUUGGAGCUUCAAGAACCAGUUGAUAUCAACCUUAAGAAUUUAUAUUGUUUGUUUUGCAAUCUUGAUGAUGAUGAUUGUGGUUCUGAUUGUUAUCAUUUUGUUGACAUCCAGCCAGAUAUUAUUUUCUGUCAGAAUAUACACUAUACAGACAUCAACAUUAACGGCUGUGACAGAUAUAACGAUAGCGAGGCCUGCCAAACCCUUUUAAGCCUAUUCGUCAAUAUUACCGCUCACACACUUAGAAUCUCGAAUAUUUAUUGUUAUACAGUCCACACCUUUAAUCUAUCUAAGAUAGAAGGAGCUAACUCACUCCCUGAAAUCUUCCGACGCCGCCUUAAUCUCAAGGUCUUGAUACUAGACAAAGUUGAUGAUGACCUUGUUUACUGGAUACUAAACAACUACAUAUUUGCCGAUUCUAUGGAAGUGCAUAUGCUGAACCAAAGCUACAAGAACCUUAAUAUUGCCCGAAUUCUCUCCUACCCUAAAUACCAGAAGAUCUCUAAACUUGUGCUAAAUGGCUUUGUUGGCUUAGAUGAGGUGAAGUUAUAUAAGGAGUAUAAGAAAGAAGAUAGACUCAUUGAGCUCCCAUUAUUUAACUACAUCGAAACAAUGAAAGCCAAAGACAAAACCACCUCGGAUCUUGGUCUUAACAAAUUGACUCUGCAACUGGAAGGUCUUGAUUGCAAUAAGUAUACUGAAAUCUUAGCUGAGUUUAAGAAUAUUGGUAUUCAAUGCGAGGAGGUUCCUUUAGCGGUUAUUGUUGAUCGUCAAAUAGCGAAGUACAACUCUUGUAUAAGAACGGAUACUCAAUAUGCAUUGAGGAAGCUCGGCCCAGGAUUGGAUAGGAAGCUGGUACUCAGAAACAUUAAUCUACAAGAAUUAGAAGCGGAUCUUGCCAGUCGGUGCGCCGUGUCUAGAUCACAACGAGGCCCAGACCAAGAACAAGAGUCUCCUAUCCAGAAACUUUCCAUUGAUAAAUUAUCGUUAUAUUUCAGUGAGGAGCAGGUCAUAACUGAGAAUGACUUAGUGAAGAUUCUCGAUUGGAUUGCUUGCCAAUUUACAGAUCUAGAAAGGUUGCAUUUCUACGAUCUUAAGGUUUCGAAGGAUGAGAAAAGGGAUAUAUUAACCAGCAAUUACUAUAUCAUUGGGAUAAAUGUCUUCAUUUGCU